AUGAGCUGCUCCAAGCUAUCCAUAAGGGAUGAUCCUGAUAAACUUCGUGAAAAAAAGGAUAAGCAAAAUUGUAAAAAAAGAGAAAAAUUUGCUGCUCUAUCUGUCGAAGAGAAACAGGCUCAGCGCAAAAAAAACAGAGAAGCUUAUCACAGAAAAAAAUUGGAGAAAAUACUUUCCAAGUCCUUGCCACAACAAUUUCAAGAGGCUUGUCAAUCACCAGUUUCUGCAUCUGUUAUACGUAACCUUUCUCCUCAACAAUGUUCUCAUGCUUUGAAUGAUAAAGUUAUAGAAGCUAUUGGUUCUCAAACUUCCAAACACAGUGAGAAUGAUCACGGAAUUAUUGGUUGUAAUCAAGGUGCUUCAAAACCUGGUAUUCGGAUUUCUCCCUCUCCAAAUAACAGUGAUGAACUACCUUCUGCUGAGUUGGGUAGAAAAUUAAAGGAACAGAUUUCUUCCUUCUCAAGCUAUGAGAAAGGAUCUGCUUCUAACUCUCGUACACAACAUACAUGUGUAACUACUGACAUGAUACACAAUGCAGAUUUGUCAGCUAUCCUCCCAAUAUACCAGGUGUAUCAAGUCCCUGAUAAUCGUUCUGCUAAAACAAGAAGAACUGCAGUUCCAACCUUUAGUUUAGAUGAACCAAUCGCUAAAUCAAUAGGUAAUCAGGCUGUUGAUGGAGUUCAUGCACUCAAAUUUGUUAGUGAUCAGACAGAUAGAUUACCUGCAAAAGCUAAUUGUCAAUACUACGGACAAGUAGUUCUACAUGAGAAUAAAUUGCCAAAUAUUCUUGUGGAAUUGUUCACUGGCUAUUCUGAUGAAGCUUUAUCCUUUCGUACAUAUGUGAGAACAUAUAAUAAUAUGUUUGCCUUUACUUCUUUUGGUGUACACUAUGAUAAAUCGCUUUGCAAGAGAACAAAUGGCAUUUAUACCUUCAAAGUUCAAGGACAAACCUAUCACUUUAUCAAAGACCUUAUUCCACAUGAAGGAUCUGGAUUAUAUCUGCAACUAUAUUUUCAUGAUACAGAUCAUGAGCUUCAAAACAGAAUGGCAGUUUCUGAAAGAUUAACAGAGAGUAUAAAUGAUCAACGAGUAUUCAAUCAUCCAAUAGCUUCUCAGGUUGCAGCUCUUUGGACAGAAACAGAGAGUUCAGGAACAAGUUAUGCUAGACACAUUAAAAUUUAUACAAAAGAAGGAAGGGAUCACCUCGUGCAGUACUAUUAUGGCUGUUACGAUCCUCUGCAAUAUCCACUAUUAUUUGCACUUGGUGAAACAGGCUGGCAUCUUGGAAUCAGAAGAUUUGUCAGAGAAAAUGGCAAAAAGAGAAAAAGAUGUAUUCAGAGAAACAAACCUACUGCUCUCCUCACCAAUUACAAAUCUGCUGAAGACAUGAUAUCUGCUGAACAACAAGUUUCCAAUGAUCCUGAAAACAACGGUGAAUUUGUGUCAAUGCGAGAAUAUUAUGCUUAUAAAUUGCAAAUCAGAGACAAAUAUUCUCCAAACAUACUUAACACUGGUAGAUUACUUCAGCAAUAUGUUGUGGAUAUGUACAUCAAAAUUGAAAGUCAGAGAUUGGAUUACUAUAAAAGCAAACAAGAAUUCAUAAGAAGAGAGCGACUGCAAGGCGUAAUGGAUAGUGUUAUAACAGGUCAAUGCCAAGGUUCAAAAGUAGGCCAACGAGUAGUGCUUCCAGCUUCAUUCAUAGGAGGCCCUCGAGACAUGAAAAGGAGAUAUGUUGAUGCUAUGGCUUUGGAGUUAUUCAAGAAAGAAAUAUUCGGAUCUGUUGCUGCUUACACAUAUGUCAUAGAGUUCCAGAAACGCGGUUUACCUCAUGCUCAUUUCCUCAUAAUUCUGAAGCCAUGUUCAAAACUUUACUCGACAGAUUCUUAUGACAGAAUAGUUAGUGCAGAGAUUCCAGAUCAAAGCAAAAAUCCACAUCUUUUCAACAUGGUUCGCAGACACAUGAUUCAUGGCCCUUGUGGAAAAAGAAAUCCAACCAAUGUUUGUAUGCGAGGAGAACAUCAGAGAAAAUGCAGGAACAAUUUUCCAAAAGCAUUUGCUGAUAAGACUUUUUAUGGAGAUAACACAUACCCCACUUAUCGAAGAAGAAACAAUGGAUACAAAAUGAUGGUCCGUGGACAUGAGCUCGAUAACAGAUGGGUUGUUCCAUACAAUCCUUACCUUCUUGCAAAAUUCAACUGCCAUCUGAACGUUGAAAUCUGCUCUACAGUCAAGGCAGUAAAGUACAUGUAUAAGUAUAUCUACAAAGGUCAUGACAAGAUUCAUUUUGUACUCAAUUUACAGGAUUCUAAUGAGCUCAAUUCUGACGGUCAUGUCUCUGCAAUCGAUGAAAUCAAAGACUAUCAAUCAGCUAGGUGGGUAUGUGCUGUGGAAAGUAUAUGGAGAAUAUAUAGGUUCCUGCUGUUUCAAAUACAUCCUGCUGUUAUUCACUUACAGCUUCACUUAGAAAAUUGUCAACCAUUGAAUUUCAGAGAAGACCAAGACCUACGUGAUAUAGUAGCAAAUAGAUUUGCUAAGAGAACCAUGUUGACAGAAUUUUUCUACAUGAAUUCUACUGAUUCUCUAGCUCAGAAUCUCAAAUGUACUUACAAACAGUUUCCUGAGCACUUUGUUUGGUAUCCAGGAAGGAGGAAAUGGGAACCAAGAAAGCAGAAAGACUGUAUAGGUAGGAUAGUAACAGCCAGUCCAAUGGAAGGAGAACGAUACUUUCUCAGAUUGCUCCUCACACAUAUCAAAAGUCCAACUUCAUUCGAUGACUUAAGAACAAUAAAUGGAGCAUAUGUACAUACUUUUCGUGAGGCAGCAAUUCUCAGGGGUUACUUUGAGUCUGAUAAGUCACAAUAA